GUUGUAGACAGAAACAAUAGCUUACACGAGGGAGAUAUACUAUUGACAAAGCGCCAAAAAAGCCUGUUACGAGUAGGGCAAGGGAAUAGCAGACGAUACAAGCGCGCGGCCAUGAGGAGUUUGGCGCGACGAUGGAUCUCAGGUGGUCAGGCUGUGGUUCCAUACCAACUGGAAGGGAGUGUUGGUAAGCCUGUUACUAUCUACUGUCAUUUUUAGACUUUUUAGACUAACAGGCCUGUUAGACUAACUAACAUAACUAUAUCGGAAAGCUUUUGCAUGGAACCCGUACCAGAUAGGGCCUCUAUUCACAAAUCACAACGGUGAUUUCAGCGCGAUUUCUGUAACAGAACGGAUCUACGCCAAGUCGACCUAUCUUUUCGUGUCGGUACAAAAAGCUAUCCGGUGGGAACAUAGCCUUAGACUUUUUAGUCUUUUACGUCUACCGGUCAGCGCCCUGUUGUCCCGGGGAGGGGGGAAGGGGGGAAGGGAGGCAAUCCCUCGUAUAAGCCGUAUAGGUAUGUGCCACCCCAAAGGGUAUGGUAUCGUACCCUGAUUCCAGACAAAAUGGGCCGGCAAAAUCUAUACCCGUUUUCAGACCAAAACGGCGCAAAAAAUAAUACCCUUUGGGGCGGUAAAUGCCUAUAUGGCUUAUAUAAGGGAGUACCCCCUCGAGUCUUCUCUAACCCCAAGGACGAAAUUACUAGCAAGAUUAAACAGCUUUUGUGAACAUUAUUUCCAAGGCGAAUGAAAAUUAUUCUCCUCAGUUAUUCUCAUCGCUAGAUAAGUUUGUUUUACUUUGUUUUAUGCAGGAUAAUUUUAAUAUUUGAUUAUUUCCCGUUACAGGGCAUGCUAGGCGUGUAAUCAAUGCGGCUAUUCAACAUUGGCAGAAAAAUGUUCCAUGUCUCAAGUUUGUUCCACGCUCAAGUCAUCGUAACUACGUUAGCUUCUUUGCUGGGGGAGGGUAGGUUCUUAUAACUUGACCUCAAGAUCCAAUUAUUUAAAAGUCAGUUCUUAAUCCGUUUUUUAAGAAAAUACAAAUUUGGAAUUGAAAUUAGAAGCAUUAUACUGAGUACUAUAAGCGGACGUUUUUAUAAAAUUAGGAGGAACAAAAUGAUUUUAUCGACAAAAUUAGUUUGAAAAGCUUGAAAGCACUUAAGCUGAUUGACGCGUGUGCAGUCAACUCUCGCCUUGCGGACACCUCGAUAAAACGGACAAUAGCUAAAUCCCCGGCAAAAACAAAUUACUGACGAUUGACUGAAAUAAACUGCUGCCGUUACAGACUCUCGCUAAGGAGGACAAGAAUUCGAGGUCCCUACAGUGUCCGCUAUAAAGUGAAUCGACUGUGUAUGUAUGAGGUUUGGUGUAGUUAAUAGAUAAAGUAAUCUGACAAACUUAGGCUUUAGUUUGGGCCAUAGGGAAUUAAGUUAUUUCUCUAACCCCGCCUUGGAUAACAAGAUUGAUCAUAACGUGUAUGUCUUUGUUAAUGACCACCAAAGGCCAUUCGAUGCUAAAUAGUCCUCUAAAGAUGGCAACUAGAGACCUCAUAAUCGUUAGUCACCGUUUUUUGCUAAUCUUGAGUUAUCAUUUUCUUUUCCGGUCUUGUUCAUUGUUUUCCACAAAGGUGCUAAAAGACAAAAGUACCGUUUAGAAAUGAACUUCAGUUGUUGAAUCAUGUUCAGAUAUUUUCAUUAAUUUCACAAAUGUAAUCCAUUUGUUUAAAUUGUUAGUUGCUACUCAAUGGUUGGGCGGGUUGGCGGACAACAGAAAAUCUCCAUUGGACGAGGCUGCGAGUAUCUUCAUACUGUGAUUCAUGAGAUCGGUGAGUUUUUUGCUCUCAAGUCAGUGCUGUCUUUAAUGAAAGAACAGCCAAGGAUACUCUAAAUUUUAUUCAAUUUUGUCAGAAGCUGACCACCGGCUCCUGAACUUUAUGUGCGUCUCAGAUUAUUAAAGGCAAAAAUCUGGUACAAAUGCAGUUGAAGCACAUCGCAGAAACGCGAUGCUCAAUAACCGUCAUUUGGAUCAACAUAUCAGUUGUUCUUGCCGACUUCAGUUCAACAACCAAAAAACUGUCAAAGACUCCAUGGUUCCUUCUGAUUCUUUUCAAAAUAUCAUAUUAGCUAUAGGGCUUGGGGGUGGGGAAAAACGGUCAUCUGUGAAACGAUUAUCUAUAGUGUACAGUUAAAGACUAUUGACUCAAAAGAUCAAUGAAAUAUAUGGUGAUCACAAUCAUAGUACCUGUCACAGUCACAUCACUCGCACAGUCAUAACACCAGUCCCAGUCACAUCACUCGUCGCAGUCUGAAAUUACAUAAUCUCUUACCUGAUACUUUCGACAGGGCACGCCCUCGGGUUUUGGCACGAGCAGUCCCGUCCCGAUCGCGACAGGUACAUCAACAUUCACUGGAAUAACAUUCCCUCAGGUGCGUGGAACUAUGAACAUUAUUUAUAACUUCAUUAUCUAGCUGUCUGGUUUGAACAUAGUCUUUAAGAGACUGGUUUUGAACGGCGGCAAACAUGAAAUAGAAAAACAGCGGUGCUGCGGUUUAUGUUCGAAGUCCGGGGGGGACUCCGCAUAUGAAAUGAGUGGGGAUGCUCGUCGUCUCUUUUGGUCUCACUUAGGGUGUUCUGGGCAAAACGUCAAUAUUUAAUCGUGAAGGUCUCGUUUAGGGUUGCACGCGAAAAAAACGUAAAAAUAUAUAUUUGAUAUGUGUAUUUUUAAUGCGUUUUAUUUACUCCAUUCAUGUAAUCCAAGUUUUCUCAUUUGUCUGUGUUUUAACAUGGUCUCUUUUAGGGGUCAAAAAAGCUUGGCCCACGCCCAGAUCGGUCUCCUUUAGGGGUUUAAUUCAAAAUUUCCGACGAGCAUCCCCACCCCAUUCAGAUAGUCCCCCCGGGGUUGGAAGCUCUCUGACGGUGCGGAAUCCUUUGUUUUUAAUUGGCAAAAUGUGAAAAUUGGGAUGUUUUUAUUGGUCAAUAGAAUCAAAAUGCUAGGAAUGCUAUGAGCGUUGUGCACCGCCAGGUCUAGAAAAACAUGGCACAAAGGAGUCUGACGGUUUUCAUCACUAUUCCACUCUGUUAAGUAUAGUUUGAAUGAAAUUUUACCAAUGUACUGAACAUUAUAUUAUGGGCAAAAGCGAUGUUUUGUUUUGUCUUCUGCUGGCCUAGACAAAGAAUAAUAAUUGUCAUGCAAACACUUGUGUCAUUUUAGACUGUGAGCGUUGCCUUUCUCUCGACAGGAUUUCGCUCUCAGUUUACUAAGAUGUCUCAAAGCGCUAUCAACUCGCGAGGCGUAGGAUAUGAUUACGAUAGUGUGAUGCACUACCACUCAACCGCUUUUGGAAAUGGACGAAUCACUAUCACGCGCAAAGAUGGCAGCACAAAGCUGGGCAACACGCGUGGACUGAGCCCAAAGGACAUAGAACAAGCCAGGAAAAUGUACUGUGGUUCCACGCCUACUAACCGCCCUGCUACCCAGAGACCACCACGGCCUUCAACACCUCCUUCUGGUAAAUGACCUUUUUCUGCGGCUUUUGCUGACUCAGUGAUUUGUAAGACUUUCUAAUACUCAAAAUUCGCCUGAAAAACGAUCUAAGAAUAAACUGGUCUGUGAAAACACCGUUGCAUGGCCAAAAGGGGUUGCUCGGCCCCUAGCUAAGGCCGUUUCUUACAAAAAAAAAUUGCAAUUUUGCAACAAAAUUCCUCAUUGGAUUUAGGUUUAAUCCAAAGCUGAAGGUAGCCACUUGGUUUAACAACCAAUGCCUUUCCCUGCUCCCCAGAAUGAUUAAUCUGGUGGCUUAUAUUCUUAUAUAUUCUGCACACUAAAAUGGAUUAAGGAUGUCCAUGCUUUUCAACGGCAGAACGUUUUAGAGGGAGAACGGAUGUUGUUCCAAGCGCUAUGUAUAUCAUUGAUGCCCCAUAGCGAGACUAAGGACUUUUUCAAUAAAAUAUUGAGAGCGCUGUAAAUAUUUUAACAGGUUGUCAGGACAAUAACAAUAAGUGUCCUACUUGGGCCAGAAAUGGACACUGCAGAGGAGGUCAGUGGCAGAAUUAUAUGAAGACGAACUGUAAAAGGAGCUGCGGGCUCUGUAAUGGUGAGGAACUCUUUUUAUCAUUGUGAUAUACUUUUAGCUCAGUGAUCUCUACUGUCCAUAUUUUUAAGCCCUUGUCAUCAUCCUGUAAGACCACUAUCAUCAUCACCAUCAUUAUCGGCAUCAUCAGAAGUCCAUAACAAGGGCUCCUGUCAUCAUAGACAUCAUCAUCAUAUCACCACCACCGCCACCAAAACCAUUAUUACCAUAUCACCGCCAUCUUCACCAUCAUCAUCGCUGACCAUCAUUGAUCAUCACGCAGGGGCGGAUCAAGGAUUUUUUUUAGAAUGGGGUGCAGUCGUCUCUUGCUCUACUUCAACAACAAUAAACCACAUAGUUUUUUUUUUGCUCAUUAAACCAGUUGACGUUCUCGUUAAAACCGCGUCGGUCAUCUCAGGAACCAUAUCACCGCCAUCUUCACCCUUCCCAAGAUCCGCCCCUGUCACGACCACAAACACCAAUACCUCUAUCACCAUCCCUAUAAUAAUGAUCAUCGUUAUAUGGCGAUCAUCAUAAUCAUAAUUAUACUAAAAUCAGUUGAUGCUUAAGUUGUACAAAUGGUCCCUACAGGAUGUCAGCACACAGACAACAACAGCAACUGCCCGUUCUGGGCGAAAAAAGGUUAUUGUAGAGGCCAGUGGCAGAGAUUCAUGGAGACAAACUGUAAAAAGAGCUGCAAAUGUAAAGGUAAGAUGGAAAAAAAAAACAAAUCUUUGCUUCUCAUGCGCAGGCGCACCUGCGAUAACAUAAGGACUAUAUGUAACCAUUUUGGUAUGAGGGUAUCGAUAAAAAUUAUUUUCCUUUGAUAUAAGCCACACUCUAGGUGUUCUCGGCUUGGUCAAUCCUGGACUCUACCAUGAGCUGUGACGUCACCGAGUGAUACACGCCGUGAACGCUCUUUCCCAGACUUCGCGCAGACAACGGAGUAAGAGAGAACGCCUAGGGACUAGGCUGAGCCACACUUUUUUAGGUCCUAGAUCUAUGCUCCUGCUUUUUUAGGUCCUAGAUCUAUGCUCCUGCAUAAGAAUAAACCUACGAUAGAAUGGAAAUGAAACGUAAAAAGUGUUAACAGGCAAUCUUGACUCUUUUUUUAUAAAAUGAAAAGUACCAGUCCGCUCCCACGUGAGAUACAGACCACGUAUACCACUGGAUUACCUCAGUUUUGACUCGCCCCAACUCUCGCUUAGUUUCAACGUCCAAGCUGGCGGGAGAGCACUAGUCCUUAAAAAAGCAUCAAAGUUCGCGCUGCCUUAGCAGGCCAGAAACAAAGCCAAUCAAAUGAUUGCUAAUGGCUACACGGCCCUAGAUAUCACUGCCCAGUGACGUGCAGUCUUCUGAUUCUAGAAAGAUCUAAGGUCGUUGCCAUAAUGAUCGUAAAAAUCUUGGUUGGAGAUCGGGCCUGAUUUUGAACCCGCGAGCUUCGCUGAAUCCACAAGUAGGCAAGAUGAAGCAAAGCCUUCGUUCUGAUCGGCUACCAGAGCGGGCAAGAUGGGCCCAUACCACCCCUUCUUCAGACUUCACGCUUGCUAAAUAGCGCAGGUCGCAACAUUGUCACAACGUUGUCAUAACAUUGUUACAACAUAACAGGUGUUCUUUUCAAAACGAAGAUCAGUAAAAGUUCUCUUUUGGCCAUAUGAUAAAUCCUUUAUUGACCAAGCUUUUUUGGUCUAGAUGGCUGAACAUUGUUCUCUGUUUUUUCAUUUGCGUUUUUAUUACUGAGACAAAAAAAAGAACGUGGCCAAUAUCCAGCCGUCUUCAGACCUCACGCUUGCUAAAUAGCACGGGUCGCAACAUUGUCACAACAUUGUCACAACUUUGUCACAACUUUGUCAUAACAUUGUUACAACACAACAGGUGUUUUUUUCAAAACCUCUACGUAUCAAUCAAAGUCAGAAAGGAAUAGAAAGGAUUGGACCGGAACUGAUUCUCUAGUAUUGCUUAUUUUAUUAUUUUUUAAUUCUCCUUCAGAUAACAGACCCUGCACUGACAAACGCAAAAGCUGCAGUUCCUGGGCAAGAUCAGGUUACUGCAAAGAUCGACGGUACGCAGUCUUCAUGGCCAUCAAUUGCAAAAAAACCUGUAACAAAUGUUAACAACUCAGUUACUCCGAUCGUCUACUGAAGUCAAAGGGUUCAGUAUAGACGAUGGGUACCGAAGAAAGGACUCAAACCUCUAUAAUACACAGAAUUUAGAUCAGUUAGAAGUACAGCUAUUAUAGGGCACUGUUAGAAUAGCCAGCUACUUACAGUACUGGAUGAGAAACAAAAUAAGGCGAAAUUAGAGCAAAGUACAGUCCACCAACAAGAGAGAAUUAACCUUUAUUUGCGACCACCACCCAUAAGCGACAACCCCCGGCAUCCGAGGCACUUAAAUUUUGCUAGUCACUCUAGUCAAAGCCCUACAGUUGGAAUCUCUCAGCCGAAAACGACCACCUCCUGUAUAAGCGACCGUGACCACUUUUCGGGGCUGACGGCGUGGACGACUUAGAGUUCUUAGAGUAUAGUUCAAAGAACUUUUAACAACAUGGAGCUUCAUAUAAAGUAACUUAGAAUUAACAUGCAAUACAUUAUCUUCCAUAAACUAGACCCCCUCUCGGAAGAGACCCCUGGCCUGUGGUUCGAUUCCUGUAUUCGACCACCUCUCCUACUGGGUGGUCGCUUUCGGGAGGUUCGGCUAUACCUUCAACCCUAAACUAUUUUAUGUUUUGUUUUGUUAUAUUUUUUGUUCUCGUUAAAGUUAUCCAAAAGAGGGCAUGUCUUUCCAUAGACCUACUCGAUGUUUGUCUGUGUUUAGAGAAGAAUACAUUUUACAGCAGAUACUUGUUAUUGUACUAAAAAGGUUUUGCAUCUAUCCGUGAUAAUAAAUAAAGAAUCUUUUAUUGUUGUGAUCAAGUUUGGUUUGUCUGGUUUACUGACCUGGUCUGUCUCAGGCUACGCCCAGUCCGGGGAGGGGGGGACUGCCAUAUGAAAGUGACGGGGAAGCUCGUCGUCUCCCUUUGGGGUGUAAAUUGCAGAUUUUGGUUUCACUUUGGGUAAUUGGGAUGGAAAGUCACUGUAUUUGCCCAUUCAGGUGUCACUUAGGACUAAGCAUAAAGAUAUUUACAAAAAAUGCCUUGAUACAGACCACACAUAAAUCUCCGUUUAAGCUUGAGCCACACCCAUAUUGGUCUCCCUUGGGGGUUUAAUUUGGAUUCUCCGACAAGCGGAACGUCCACACGAAUCCAAAGUGUUUACUUUUUUACACAAGUCGGCCUUCCGUCCACAAGGAAUCAGGAUAAAAAAAUACGCCGGUUUCAAAAAUGUCGAGAUUAGUGUGGACUAGGCGCGGCACUCCCUUUUUAGGUCUACCCGUGAAGGGGCACUUGCCUGGGGCACUUGGCGCUGAACAGGGUAUACAAUCUCACUAUUUCAUUCAUCAUCAUCAUCACCAUCAUCAUCAUCAUCUCGAUUAGGUUGUUAAAAGCCGGUUAGGAAACACACCAACAAGGGUUACCUUUUCUGUCAAAAAAUGGUGUAUAUAAAAGUGUAAGACGUUGAACCUCGAGGCGGAACCUCCCCAUAUAAAAUGUUAUUGCGCCAGUCCGCCUGGGGUGCUGUUUUACCAGUGCGGAGUUGGUCAUGAGAUUCUUUUCACACUUACAAUUGCUGAACUAGUAAGUAAAAGGCAGAAUAAUUAGUAACGCUUGUUCGACUAGCAUCGUUUAGCCUGCCGAACAGGGGUUGUUUUGCGCGUUUUUCGAACGAACGUAACACAGAGCGGUGGCCUGUGUACAGACCCCCCUCCCCUCAGGAGGCUAACAAAGCGGGCGUGAGACUCGUGUCUGGUGCUUCGCUCGCCUCGCGCUUGCUAAUCUGUUCCAGGCGUUCAGAUUGUGGCCUGAGGCGCAAGGAGAUGUGAACAGGAAAAACAGCGAAAGGGGUCUUAACGCCUGGAACAGGCCGCGUGCUUUCGCUCGCCGAAAAACGCGAAAAAAAAAAACGCCCGUUCUGCAUCUAUUGUUUUUUUUAAUAAAAUGCAUUAAAAGUUACUUUAUUUCGCUCCUCAGUAUGUGGUAUUCUACCAAUUAACCUUGACAUUCACAGGGUCACUACCACUGAUAAGGUACUAACGAGGUACGUGGUAGUUGGUAAGUCUCACGCACGGUCUCAUAUUCCCUUUAUAGAAAUAGGAAGACACUGCUCGCAGACAUUUUUUUUUCUAAUUGAUGCAUUAUUUGUUAGUCAGUCAGUUUGCUUUUUUAACAUAAUUUUUUCUCACUUUCAAAAUUGUAUUUUUUUCAAUGUUGUAUUUUAUUAAAAUAAUCCAGGACACCUAGAAACCGCCUGACAGGAAAUGACAGAUGUGUCAUAAUUUUGCACGGAAAAUACCGGUAUUAAACAAUGAAUGAACUGGAGACGAAAACCAGGUCAUUUGUUUCUCACCUUUUAUAGUCCUUUACAUCGCUACACCACACACCUGGCCUGCAGUGCAGGCGGUUUCAUCGGGCGCGAGAAUGUUUUGCUCGCGAAAGCGCCAUGGUGAAACUCGAAAAGAGAAGAGGAAAUGGGGCGAGUCAAAAGGAGCGGGGAGGGGGCGGGGAGUCGGCAGGGAGAGAGAAGAGAAAACCAAAAGAGCUUUGUAUCAGAACAAGGUCAACUUCAGUCUCACAUUCACUCGAAACCUAAUGCCCUAUACACACGUCUGAAAACGCGUACGUUUCGAUGCGUUUAAGCCUUCCGUCGACACCAAUACGCUGAGCGUUUUCAUUAAAAACGCAUCAAUUUUAAAACGCUCUUGAAAGCGGAUCAAAACGAAAACGCAUACACAUCAUACUAGUUUGGACAGUCGAAAACGCUUCAAAACUGUAGUGUGGACGCGAAAUGAUCGAUGCGUUUUCGAUGAUAACGAAAACGCAUACUUUUGAAAACGCAUUAGUGUGGACCGGGUAAUAAUGCUCUGGCUCACGACUGUAAAUAAGAUUUUUUUCCCCUUCGGCAGACUAUAAAUUGUAAAAUUCGGGAGAAAAUAAUUAGUUUUCCAGCUUCAUGGUUGAAAAGAAAUGGAAAUAAAUUAGCUGCGUUAUUUAAACUUCUAUUGAAAAGGCAAGGUGAGAAAAUAUUCAGGAAAUCGCUAUACGAUACCUGCCCGUGGACCCGUGAGGCUGUGAUCAGACCAGACGUUUCCGGUCAGAGAAGAUUGGCCGCGCGCACAUUGCAGAAGAAAAGGUGACGAAAGACUAAAACGAUGCGAUACAAAGCAUAUAAAAAUACGGUAACAAAUCUCCCGCUGCUUGUCAUUGACGUAUAUGCAUUGUGAAAUAUUUUUGAAUACUACGCAGAACUAAGCAGACGGGCAAACGCCUCGUUAUUGCUCACGUUCGCAUUCCCUAGAAUUCUGCUAUAAAAUAGUGGGCGCCCAUUUCUGUGUUAAAGAAGAAACCUUUGCGUUUAGUCUCUGGACGAUGUCGCUGCUCUUUUUUACAAGUUUGUUGUUCGCUUCGCAGUGGUCCUUAGGUCGCCUUGAGGAAGCACGGCCAUCGCAUCUCAUUCCAACAGGUAAAAGAGUGCACGGUUGGCAAAAUUCACUUCCAAAACAAUAGCUAAACUGAUCAGUGUAUGUUUAAGAAAAGGAGAGAAAUAUCAUGUUGAACUGGAAACCUUAAUUGUAGUCUGGAAUAAAUGAAUACAGAGUAGUUGAGUGAUGUUUUAGUACAGCUGAUGACUUAUUCUACCUGGUUAUUCUACAGACCAGGUCUGCGACACACGGAACACAACCAGUGGAGAAUGCUGUGUGUUUCCCUUCACAUAUCGCGGAGAAACCUAUUACGACUGCAUCACAAAGGACUUUAACCGCGAGUGGUGCUCACUGGACGAAGACUAUGAUAAGCAUAAACGAUUUGGACUUUGUGGUAAGGGAACAUUUCUUAUUUCGCAUAAUGCGUGUGAAUGUGUUUGUGUCAGCAGGAGGCAAGAAAUACUGUAGUCUCAAUCUCCAAGCAAAUAAAUAAAAUAACACAAGCAGUUCCUUAUUUUUCUGGUCAAUAAGUAGUUAAGUGGCAAGCGCGUCAAAGGUUUCUGAGAGCUAGGGCCCUUUCGUCUUCGUCACUGCGCUCUAAAAUAUUUUAGCAGCAGUGGGUGGAUUUCCCGGGGGAUUUCUACUGUCGAGUAAUUUUUAUGUGCGUACGUGCACAGGCAUCCCAAGCUCACGUUACGAGUGUGUUAUGUGAAUUUUCUCACAAGAGAGUCGGUGUCGCGUUACAUUUAGCUACCGUUGAGACUUUGUAUGAGAAAUAAAAUACUGAGGUCUGUGAACGCUAAAUAUCGUUAUAUUUUUACUUUUUCUUUAUAAAAUAAAUAAAGGAGACUUACCUAAGAUGAAAUACAUCAAAGGUAAGUCUCCUUUAUUUAUUUCAUAGAAAAACGUAAAAAAGAAAAUGAUAUUUAGCUUUCACAGACUUCAGUAUUUUAUUUCUCAUACAAAGUCUCAACGGUCGCUAAAUGUAAAGCGACACCGACUCUCUUGUGAGAAAAUUGACACGACACACUCGUUACGUGAGCUUGGGAUGCCUGUGGUACCUGUGUAAAAUUUACUUUCGCAAAUAUGUAAAAGAGAGGCAAUGUGUGAAAGAUCGCGCGUCAAAGUAACAGUUGAACCUCGCUCAACUUCAUGUUUAAGCGCAGCACUUCAUAACUUUUUUCUAUUUUAUUUACGCGAGUAACACGUAACAAUUACCACGACAGUGGAAAUCCACCCUAACCCUGGCUUCAGAGAUCAGUUCUCGAAAUACGUAGGAUGAAAUAACCAGUGCGCACGGUUUAAUAUAAAAGCGGCCUCGCCGUGAAAUCAGGAAUUAGGAAAGAAAAAACCCUCUGGUAUACCCGCCAUCUUUCUCUGAGUCAAAUGACUGGGAUUUCAUAAACAACCCAGCGAUUUUUGAAGAUUUUCGAGGAUUUUCCGAAGAUUUCGCAAGGUUGCCGAAAAUGACCGAAGAUGUUCCGACGACCUGUUAACAACGGCGACAUUUGGUGUGUUCUGAUCUAUUUAGGACGCAAAGUCAACAUGAGCACCCAUGGAAUUUAGUAUCUCAAUAGGAUUAGAAGUUAAUAUUUGCCAUCAGAGAUGUGAAAAGCCGGCGGGUUCCUAGUCUGUUACGCAGCCGUUUACUAGCGGGUUCUACCGUUGCCAGUCGGUCUAAAUGGAACAACUAUUUGUACAUUCGCUUGACUGACCUUCUGUACUAUGAUGGGCUAGAUUAUAAGAACGUGAAUAAAAAGAACGGAUUAAAGACCUGAUUUAGCUUAUGACGGCAGGAAUAGCCUGUUCCAGGCGUUCAACUAAUUUUUCGCCCGCUCCCCACUAUCUGAAAGCCUGGAAAAGGCUACGGCAGGAACGAUACUGGGAUCUGGCUAAAACCUCUGAGGAAAUAACGUAGACUGGCCAGAACGUUUUCUUUAGCCUGCAUAGCAAGCGUUUCCAAUCGAUUUAAUGCGCUAAAGUUGGAGCGAAAGCAAAAGAUAUGAAGGAUCGAAGGGGUAGGACGAGUCCUUCUCUCCACUCCCCCUCCCCCUUCAUUUUUCUCGUUUGCUCUCGUCCCAACAUGCUCGACAAACUCAUGCGUAAACGCUUGCUACGCAGCCUACUUUUUCUUGAGAUCCUGUAUUUGUAUUAAAGUUUGUGAGUGUUUCUGUCCUUUCUUCACAGCAAAACAGACUACCAAGCCUGUCUUUGAUACCAUCCUUGAGUCCACAGAAACAAACAACGGCAAAUCUGGAGGUCAGUAAUUAGACUACAGUCAAACCUCGUUAAUACGGACACUGAGGGGGGCAUGGAAAGUGUCCGUGUUAACAGGGUUGAAUUUAGAGAAAAUGUAAGGGCUUUUUUUCUCCGGGAACAAAGCCAACAGUCUGUAAUAAAGAGGUGUGCAUAUUAAGCGGGUGACCGUAAAGGGGGGGAGGGGGGUGUAUUUUAUCCUGUAAUUAUUUGUCUCAUUAGCUUAGCGUUGUUACUCGAGCUGACCUGCUGACAGCAACAUUUUUGCCGAGGUAUGGAUUAAGAAACAAAAACUAGCCUAGUGAGUAUGUUUAGAUUCAAAAUAAGGUACAGUGGAAUCAGUAGCCUAUUUAUACUACCACGGUCAGAAAUCCUGAUCAUGUUUAACUGGGCAUGGUGGUGUUACAUUUAGCCCGCGAGCAGGCGAACAAGCGGCUUGCGAAGCGCUCUCGUCUCCCCCUUUCCUUUGCUGUGCGCUCGCUCGUGAUCUCUCGCGAUUUCCCCCAAAUGGCGAGUUAGGGAACUAAUAAAAGCAUAGUCGUUGGUCGGAUCAACGAGGGAGGGGGGGGGUGCGGAUUGACGAGUUUGUAGCUCAAAAGGAAAUGGCUUUACUUUUGUUCGGACCAGUAAAAGUAGCUCUUUUACCAUCUUGCGAGUGGGUUUGGGAAAAAUUUUGGUAACCUUCGUAGCAAGGGUUUCCGCGCAAGUUGUUGAGAAAAUUGGUCGACGAACGGGAGCAAAAAAGAGGAAUAGAGGGGCAGGGGAGUUUCCGAUUUUUCCCUUUCCAUCCACUUUAUUUCAUUUUUUUGCUUUGCUCCAACUUUCGCGAAAUAACUCGAUCGGAGAUGCUUGCCAGGCAGGCUAAAAUUUUGGCGGCUAAGGCGGCGAUAGAGUAACAAGUUUGGGGCGAGGAAAAGUCACGUCCUAUUCUUCUCUCCUGCUUCGCCCUAAAAGGUGCCCGAAACUCGCGCAGCUGAGCCUGCUGGUAGUCUACUGAUUGACGAGGUGUCCUUAUCGCAGAUUUUCAAUGUAACACAGCUACUAAUUUUUUAUGCAGAUGGAGAUGAACUGUUUCAAGGUGACAUCAUUAUGACGUCAGAAAUUCGCAACAGCCUUAGAAGCCGAGGGAUAUUGAUGCCGGGCGACAAUUCAAGGGGCUGUCUGCAGGAUCCCACGGAUAAGCCGCAAGAACAGAAUCAAAGACUUAGGAGAGCGCUUAUUAACACCAGGAACAGAGAUUUGCGUUGGCCUGUUGUUGGACGCAGAGGGUACAGAGAGGUUCCUUACGAAAUCACACCAUCUAACUGUAACUAUUUAUUGAUUUUACAACUGUUCUUAAAAAUACCUAUCAGUUCUGACCUUAAGUCGCGAAAAAAGAUUGUCUCUCCUAAGAUCCUAGCUAGUCCCGGGGGUACUCCCUAAAAUGGCCUAUACGGGGAGGCUCCGCCCGAAAGGGGUAUCUUUUUCAGGCUUCAACCUUCAAGUAUAUGAAAGGGUAGAGAUUUCAUUAGCUGAAGUAUAAGAAAGGGUAGGGAAGUCUUUCAUUGCGGUUUGUGAGAGGACCUUAAAUGGCUGACAGGCACAAUUAUCCCACCAGCUACACAGGCUAUGAAGAAGACAAGAAAACUUCCUGGUUUAGUGCGAUUUAUUUAUAUAUUCAAAAGACGGUGCAUUUACCACAGUUUAAAGGGAUGUAGAGUUCUAAGCUAGAAAUGUGAAAGAGGUACCAAUUCUCAAUUUAUCGCGCGAUAUUUUCGAUUUAUAUAUCGCGCGAUAAACUGUCUUUUUUUUAUCGCGCAAUAUAAAAAUGUAGGUAGCGUGUCCUCUAUGGGCCACCGCAUAUUUGUCAUUGAAAGGCAUAAAUGAGUUAUAUGAAGGUACCGGUCAGAAAAGAGCCAUAACCGAGCUAAAUGUGUUUGGCCGGUCAACAUCACCGGCCGGCCAAAAUUAUUUUGAGCCCUGUCUUUACACCAUAGGUACUAGGUGAAUGCAAUCGAGCUGAAAUGAGCCUAUUGUGCUUCUUCAGUUCCCAGAUGAGUGCUCACUUAUUACAGUGCUAUUUUUGCAUUCUCCUGAUAAGCAAUUAUUGGAUGAGCCUGUUAGUAUGAUAAGAAAUAUUACGCAGAUUGCGGAGGGAGAUGAGGAGGAAUUAUGCCCCAUUGAACCAUGGUUCCAGAUCUUAAUUAGAGGUACCCUAUUUAUUCGAUUAAGCGCCCAACCUCGAAUAAGCGCCCACUCUCAACGUCCAAAAAUUUAAUAAGAGGGCGCUUAAUCGAAUAAAAACGGGAUUCCUUUUGUUGUGUGUCCCUUUUAAACGAAAUUCAGACUGACUAUGGUUUGUGUUUCAUAGAUAAGGUGCGCGGCGUCAUUGAGCGCGCUAUGAAUCAUUGGAUGGAAAGAGUCAAAUGUCUUCGGUUCGUCCGUAAAACCUCCAGUUAUACCGGCCGUUAUCUCAGCUUCUUUUCUGGUGGCGGGUAAGGUUUUGCUUUUUUCUUAAAUCCUUUAUCAGAGGCUCUUCGUCAGUCGAACCCACCCAAAUGUGCGAGAGAAAGCCAAGAGGAAGGCAUAUUUGCAGUGACUGAUAAUAUGACUGUGUGACAGAAUUCGGCCCUGAAGAAACAUUCCAAAGUAUGCCUUAUCUUUUUUGGUUGUUUUUCCGUGAUAGGUGCUAUUCGAUGGUAGGUCGCCAACCAGGCUCAGGGCCUCAGAGGAUCUCAAUUGGAAAUGGAUGUGGUCACUUGGGUGUGGUGGUACAUGAAAUUGGUAUGCCAUACUACAACCUUAAAACGGUCCAGGGACGGGAAGCGGGGGUACUCCAGGGAAUUCUUGUUGUGGCUGUGCCGCUCGGUUCUCCAAAUCCUGACCCUAUUUCACGCCAAAAAUGUUAUUUUCCACACGCGUUUUCAGACGUGAAGGAGGUCACAAAACGCAUCAUACAUGUUCACAAACUAGACAGAAAUUAUAUCAUCAUUACUGAGAUUAGAACGCCAACAAAGAGAUUUCUUAAAAUUCAUUUAGAAUUGCAUAUUAUGGGUUUAUUUCUUUUUUCUUUGGGACCAAUCGACGAAUAUGUUCAUACACCACCGUAACUCCCUCGAAAACUUCACCCGAUUCCGGACCAAGAUGGGCGAAGUCUAUACCCGUAUUUCAGACUAAAACGGUGCAAAAACCAUACCCUUUGGGGCGGCCCAUACCUAUAUGGGAGUACUCCCCCUCCCCCCACGGGAAAGCGGCUAUGUCACGACUGUCUAGUUUAGUUAUUUUGUUAGCAAUACUAAUUACGUUUCUUUACGCGCUAUGGAACCUGGGCAUUGGCAAUUUAAAACUUGUGAUUGACAAAACCACAGCUCCGGUUCACACAUUUGUCUCCCAAGCAUCAAACCAAUAUCAAACCCGGUUACAAACAACAAAUGAACUUUGAAAAACUGUUAGGCUCAUAAGUUUUCAAAACCGCCAUUGCAAUCCGUUUCAGUCUUCUUCAAGUUUGUCCAUCGGUGUCUCUUUUUGUAUUUACUGGGUUAUUUAUUUCUUCUUUUAAUGUUUUGAGCGGUUUUUAUUACGUUUAACUCAGUUCGGCGGCAUUUCUCGCCGUUUAAUUUUGACAAAUGAUUGUAACACAGCUUCUUUAACUGACAGCACAUGCUGAUAAUCUCACAUCGCUUGUUUGGUGUUUUAGGACACGCCCUUGGUCUCUGGCACGAGCAAUCCCGGCCCGAUAGAGACUCAUACGUAACAAUCAACUGGAACAACAUCCAAAGCGGUGAGCUGUUAAUAUAUGCAGUCGAACCCCUCCUGCUGGACACCUCUCUAUAAUAGACAGUUCUCUUUAUCCCAAAGACGCCAAAAUUCAUACUGCAAUUCCUACCUUUUAUAAUGUGGACACCUCUAUAGUGCGGACACUUGGUCCCGUCCCUUGGGUGUCCGGAUUGAGAAGGUCUGACCUGAUAAUAUUUUUAACUAGAAAUUCUUGAUUACAGUUAGUCUCCCUCGUAGCCGUUACUAGGGUCGUCACGCAACGCUCCUCCCCACUAAUUUGUGAGGAGGAGCGUUGCGUGACGACCCUAAUAACGGCUGCGAAGGAGACUAGAUUACAGUGGGACCUCAAUGUAACGAAGGGCCAAGGGGCUGGCAAAAUUUGUUCGCCAGAAAUAUGAGGUUUGUUUUAUCGAGUUCUUUGUCUAUAUAUUUUAGCAUUACUUGGGUAAAGAAAAUAGUUUGUCAUACCAAGGACUUCGUUAUAUAUAUCGAGGAUCGUUAUGUCGAGGUUCCACUGUAAAUAUCGUCCAUUAUAUCCUUACAGGGAUGGCCUACAAUUUUCACAAGUAUGACACCAAUCGUAUCGACAGUCGCGGCGUUUCCUAUGACUAUGACAGCAUCAUGCACUACUCCUCAACGGCUUUUGCCAACCGACGAGGAGUAAGAACCAUUGUCGGCAAGAAUGGCCGCACUAACCUUGGUCAACGGUAUGGUUUGAGUAAGAAGGACAUUCAGCAAGCGAACUUGUUGUACUGUGGCGCACAGCCACCCGUUACCAAUCGCCCUCCGACCCCUCCAAAGCCUGAUACCCCUCCACCACCAGGUAAGACUAAAAAAUGUGUGAAGUAAUGCCCAAAUCACAAAUGUUUUGGAAGGUGAUUUUUUCCUUUUGUUUGACACGUCUAAAACAGAUAUGAUGUUCUCGAAAGAGCAAAAAAAUCAUCAGCAAUCACGAUGAAACGUCUUGAUUUUGAACAAUUUCCUCCGAUGAAUAUGUAGAUUAGAAAUUUGUGGAAAGAGGUUGUUAUUUCAAACGUGGAUAAUUUUCCGUCGAUAGUUUGUAAACUAUGAAGACCUAACUGACUUAAACGGGAAACCAACUCCUUUUUAACGAAGUAAAAUUAUUGUUUGCCAGCGCCCACAAAGUGCAGUGUAUCAUCAUCAUCAUCACCAUCGUUAUUUAUUGUUUCCAAUAUUACCGAUUUCAUUGUUAGUUCAUCUUUUGCUAUCAUACAGGUUGUCGUUUCACCGAUAAACACUAUUGGUGUCCAUAUUGGAGAAGCCGAGGAUUUUGCGGCAGCGCUCGGCAUUCACGAUUCAUGAAUGCUCAGUGUGCGAAAAGCUGCAAAUGUAACGUCCCAGGUGAGUGA